GGCCCGAGCCGUGCGUCGCCCCGCCCGCAGCGCCAUGGCGGAUAACUGCUCCGUGUGGCUCGGGGACCUGGUGGAGCGGGUGCCAUGUCCCUACGACGUCCAUCACCGUGUGCCCCGGGCCUCGCUGGAGAGGCACACCGCGUCCUGCCGGCUCCGCAAGAUGGGCUACUCGGCCGAGGAGGAGGCUGAGAUGUACGACUCCCGCUUCUUCUACGAAAAACUGAAGGUUCCCAGCGUCGCAAUGGAUAAAGAGCUACAGUUUCACAUUGUUAAACAAGCUAGAGCUCAAAGUGCAAAAGAAGGUACAGGCUACAGUGAAGCCUCUUACUCAUUGCUGCCUGUAGAAGUUCCUCAGAAUCACAAGCGUUUCACCUGUGACCUGACUCAAGCUGACCGCCUGGCUCUUUACGAUUACGUUGUUGAGGAGACAAAGAAGCAGAAGUCUAGGUCCCAAAUAACAGAAAACGACAGUGAUCUCUUUGUGGAUUUGGCAGCAAAAAUCACCCAAGAUGAUAGUCAGAAAGGUCCAAAGUCUCAUCUUGAAAUCCUGGCUGAGAUGCGAGACUACAAAAGGCGGCGGCAGUCGUACAGGGCUAAGAAUGUCCAUAUAACAAAGAAGUCGUACACUGAGGUGAUUCGGGAUGUGAUUGGUGUGCAUAUGGAAGAACUCAGCAAUCACUGGCAGGAGGAGAAUAGGUUGGACAACGCAGAGAUAUGUGGAGGAGGGAAGUCAAAAUCUUCUGGAAGGAAGGAGGAGAGACGGUCGGCUUCGGCAGAGUCGCGGCAGUCGGGGGGAAGCUGCAGGGACAGCGAGCGCCCCAGGCACAGGAGAGACAGCAGCAGGAGCCCAAGCAAACGAAAAAGGAGCCGGGAAAGAGGCAGAGAGUCUCGGAGAAAGAGAGAGAGGGAUGAAGACAAGUAUCACAGUCAUAAAAGAAGAAAGUAGAAAAAAGAACCUGAUUAUUUUGUUUGUCAGCCAUUCAAAAAGUCACUGCUGCUGUGGAAGGGAUGGUAAUGUUGUGCACAUAAUAGUGGUGUUGCAUCACAGCUAUGCUUGGAGACAAAAAAGAAACAGGGUUAGGAUUUGGUGGGAGGGGUUUAGUAUAUAUCAGAAACUGUAAAUACCUACCAGUAAUGCUUCUAUUAAUAAAUUAUAUGGAUCUCUCUAA